AUGGUAUGCCAAGGUGUAGAGGAAGUAGAUUUUGCUGUUUUGAUCUUAGAGCCACAAGAGGAUCAACCAUAGACUACAAAUAUGGAAGUUGGGAUUGAAGAUAUAUUACAUAUUAACUUUGAGUAUUCAAAGAAUCGAUUUCAUUAGAAGGAUGUUUUGACUGGAAUAUUGAAUAUGUGUUUGGUGGAAAUCAAAAUAAAAUAUGUAUAAUUAGUGAUUACCAGAAAGGAAUAUUAUCUAUAAGGAUCUUAAUUUGAGACAGACAAUAAGACAAUAGUCAAAUACGAAUUAGUAGAUGGAUGUCCUUAAAAGGGAGAUAUGAUUCCGGUCAGAUUGUAUCUAAGUGAAUUGGAUCUGAUACCAUCAGUCAGAAAUGUUUAUGAUAAAUUCUGUGUGAAAAAUUUGAUGAGCUUGUUUAUAAUCGAUGAAGAUGAUAAGAGAUAUUUCUAAUCAUAGGUAAUUACAAUUUACAGGAAGAAGUGA